ACUUCCCAACGGACCAGGCUACCGGAAGUUGAAAGCUGUUUGCGUUCAUGUGGGUUCAUGUUGACAACAGAAACUGUCGCUGAACAUUUAUAAUUUAAGGAUUUACAUAGACAAGCUUCAAAUUAAAACAUGUCCGACAACGAAGAUAACUUCGACGACGGAGAUUUUGAUGAUGCCGAAGAGGAUGAAGGAUUAGAUGACCUGGAAAACGUGGAAGAUGAGGACCAGGAGAACGUGCAGAUCCUGCCCGCAGGAGAGGGCCAGCAGGCCAACCAGAAGAGGAUCACAACACCUUACAUGACUAAAUAUGAGAGAGCCAGAGUGCUUGGGACACGAGCUCUCCAGAUAGCGAUGUGCGCUCCAGUCAUGGUGGAGCUGGAAGGAGAAACAGACCCCUUGCAAAUAGCUAUGAAAGAGCUCAAGAGCAGAAAGAUCCCCAUCAUCAUCCGCAGGUACCUUCCUGAUGGGAGUUAUGAGGACUGGGGCUGUGACGAGCUCAUCAUAACUGAUUAAACAAUUCAUCCACUGAUAAAACAAUAUAUGCUGGGUCACACCCUCCAUCGUAUCAGGUCAGUCAGCAACACAAACCCAGAAGAUUCCUAACGCUGGUGCAAGAAUCACCCACCUGUUCAUGAUGCAAUGUGAUCCACAAACAUCCAUCACAUCGCGUGACUCUGUGAGCGGGUGGAAUAUGAAUCCAUGAAAUCUGCCGAACAGACAUGAGGACUUAUUGAAAUGAAAGAGUGUGUUGCCUGCAGGUGUAUGAACCUGUGAUCCGACUACACUCCAGUUAAAUUCAAAGUCAGAAUCUACAGUUGCAUUAUAACUCAGAGCCACAAGGGGGAGAUGUAACUUAAGUGAAACAUUUACUUUGUUUUACAAAAUACUCCUGUGUUGUAAUUAUUCCAUUAGUUGUUUUGAAGGAGAGAGGUGCUUAGUGUGAAAGAACUGUUUUUUAUUGUUAUUAAUAAACUCUUUUGUAUAAAUGA